GGAGAGAGUUCGCCAUGAGCGGUGCAGACUCCACGACCAGCAAUGCUGCUGCUGCUGCUGCUGCUUCGGAGGAGGAGAGCGGCCCGGGCCCCAGGCUGCAGCCUUUGCUGGAGACCCUGGAGGACCCUGCUGCCUCCCCGGAGGCCCUGACCGACGCCUUCCUCGCCCUCACCAAUCGCCUGACUGGUGAGGAAGGAAAAGAAUUUGCUGCUCAAGUUGGAAAAUAUUUCCCUCAGCUUUGCAAGAUCUUUAAGACACACAUUCCUACUGAAAACUCAGAACUGAGCAGCGCAGCCCUACAGGCUUUAGGAUUCUGUGUGUUUAACUCCAAGAUUGCUUCGCUACUGUGUGAAACUGAAAUACAAGAGUUGCUUUCAGUAGUAAACAGUGUUGCUGUAAAGGCAGUGGACAAAAACACUCGCACUAGAGCACUUUGGGUGAUCUCGAAACAGUGCUUUCCUGCUGACAUUAUUGGGAAGCUGGUACCCAGUAUUAUUACUGUACUAGAAACAGUGCUUAACAAAGGAGACUUGCAUUCUAUGGUGGUUGAAUAUGAAGCUCUAAAUGUUAUCAUACGACUCAUAGAGCAAGCUCCAUCUCCCAUGGAGGAAGAGGCUGUGAGGUGGGCCAAGCUGAUAAUCCCUUUGGUUGUCCACUCAGCUCAUAAAGUACAGUUAAGAGGUGCUACUGCCUUGGAAAUGGGAGUGCCACUUUUACUUCAGAAGCAACCAGAGGUGGCAGCAAUCACUGAAGAACUAAUGACUACAAAAAUAAUUCCAGAACUCCAGAAGCUUUUCUCAUCAAAAAAUGAGACAUAUGUUUUGAAACUAUGGCCUCUGUUUGUAAAGCUGCUUGGCAAAGCGUUGCAUCGUAGUGGAAGCUUUAUCAAUUCAUUACUGCAGUUGGAAGAACUUGGAUUUCGUAGUGGGUCACCAGUGGUAAAGAAAAUUGCAUUCAUUGCAUGGAAGAGUCUGAUUGAUAAUUUUGCUCUAAACCCAGAGAUUUUAUGCAGUGCAAAAAGGCUAAAGUUACUCAUGCAACCUUUGAGCUCCAUCCACGUGAGAACUGAAGCACUGGCACUGACGAAACUAGAAGUCUGGUGGUAUUUACUGAUGAGGCUCGGACCUCAGCUCCCAGCCCAUUUUGAACAGGUGUGUGUACCAUUAAUUCAGAGCACUUUAAGCAUUGAUUCCUCUUUCCUACAAGGAAAUUCAUCAAGGUUGUCUAUUAAUCAGAGUUUACUAACACCAGGUUCUGCACAGAAAUCAGGAAACGCUGCUUGUCCAAGGUUGAAGCUGAAUUCUAGCAUUGGAGGCGUUAUGGCUAUUCCAUCUAUUCAGCUUCUAGGAAUUGAAAUGCUGCUUCAUUUCUUCAUGGGGCCAGAAGUGUUGAAUUUUGCCAAGGAUAACAGUAUUGUACUUAGUUUAGAACCUCUUCAGUACUCAGUAAUUAGCAGUCCUUCCUUCUUCUGUAAACAUGCAAGUACAUUCAUAAAUGCAGUUCAGGAUGGCUUCAUUGCAGUUGGGAAAGAUGCUUCUGAUAUUAUUCUGAGCACUAUAUGGAGGAAAAUGAUUGAUUUUGUAAGAGCUGCAAUUGAAUCAGGCAGCAAAAAAGAGCGGCAGAGUUCAGAGAUACUUACAAUGUUGCUGCAGGCCUUAAAAAAUACUGUCUUGUCAAAUGAACUGCCUGUAUUAAUGUCACUGUCUCUGAUAGAAAUCACAAUUAAAGAAUUACCUCCAAAAGUAUUAGGAUCACCAGCCUAUCAGGUUGCCAAUAUGGAUCUUCUAAAUGGAACCCCAGCAUUGUUUUUAAUUCAGCUCUCUUUCCGGGAAGAUCUGUUGAAAUGCUGUGUUCAAGAAGAAAGGUUUUUCUUGAAUUAUGAAUCUCUUGUAGGAUUUGUUUUGUCUGGCCCUACAUCCCCUCUGGCUUUUAGUGAAUCAGUAUUCACAAUUGUUAAUCAAAGUGCACAAUAUCUGGAAAACAAGGAACAUCUCUGGCGAAUAUGGAGCACUGUAGUUAACCCAUUAACUGAAUGGAUUAACCAGACAAAUGAAGUCAAUCAAGGUGAUGCUUUGGAACAUAACUUCAGUGCAAUUUACAGUGCUUUGUUGCUGCCUAUAAAACACAUCUUCCCAUAUUCUGAAUUUCCACAGCCUACACUGAAAACAUUGCUACGUUCCUGGUCAGAGCUCUAUAGAGCCUUUGCCCGUUGUGCACUCUUGGUGGCAACAGCAGAAGACAAUUUAUGCUGUGAAGAACUCUGUGCCAAAAUAAUAUCUGGGAUAGAAGAUGAAACCCAAAUUAAUCAGUCCAUGUUGGAUGGUCUCUCUCACAUUACAUCAGUUAUGGUUGACUGCAUCAAUUUUGCACCUUAUGGUACCAAGUAUCAGCCAUCAAAUAGAUCCCCACAGACACCUACAGAUUGGUCCAAAAAGAAGAAAGAUGAUCCCCUUGGCAAGCUAUCAUCCUUAGUGAAACUUCUGAUGAUGCUGGUAACCACUCUGCACAUGCUUGCAUCCAAAGAAUCUGGUCUUGAAAAACUGGCUCCUGUUGGUGCUUCUGUUAUUGGAACUCUUCAGAAUAUCAUUGGCCACAUCUCUUUGCCUUCGGUCAUCAGACCUCUAUUCAGAAUUGUUACGAAACCACUAGCAGUAUUUUACGAAAAAACAAAGUCUACAAAUGUCUCUAGAGUGACUAAUGGACUGAACAAUAAGCUUGAAAAGAUGUUAGUGGAGAGCAUUAGCUGUUUGCAGUCCCACUAUACUGAAGCUUUUGACAGUGAGCUAUUGCAAGAGCUGUCUCCAAUGUUGUGCAUUAUGCUUUCGAGCAAGAGCAAGCAGAUCCGCACUCAAGCUGCUCAGUUCUGGAAUGCAACUUUUGGUAAAGCCAUAAUGCUGACAUACCCAGAAGAGUUAAAAUCUGUUUUGUGUCAAGCCAGACAGAAAACAAUUCUCUCAUUGCCUGCUUUUGAAAGCAUUGAGAUGGUAGGAGAGUGUAUUGGGACAUAUUCAGAUUCAACAGAGAACUCCCAAUGGGAUACUGUGAUAAGUGGAAUAGAAGUAAAUCCAAGUGGGAAAAGGGACUCCCUACUGGCACAGACCAAUGAACUAAAAGAAAACAGUAUUCCCCAUGUAACACCUGCCAAGAUGAAACUAGAGUUCCCACAGUUGAAAACAAAUAGAAAAAACAUGCUUCUUGAAGAAGAAAAUACUGUUGACUUCGUAUUUAUUCCUCCAGAAACAAAAGAGAGAGUUUUGACAGAGCACCAGAAAGAAGUUCUAAGAACUAAAAGGGUUGAUAUUCCUACUAUGUACAAUAAUCUAGAUGCCUCCCAAGACACUGCCUUAUUUUCCCAGGAUAGCCAAAGCCAGGAAGAUUCUGUGGAUAAAGCAACCUCGGUAGAUGCGAAAGAAGAACAUGGGAAUAAAGAGAACAUAACAGUAUCCCAGGAUGAAAAAGUGGCAAGUGACCUGCCUGUCAUCCCCUGUACUGAAGUUACUGAAAAGUGCAAUACAGAUGUACUUCCAGAGAAAACUGCUCUCACCACUGAUGAGCAACAUGAUAAAAAGAGCUUAGAGUCAAACUGUAAGGAAUCAGAAAUUGGAGCUAAUAAAACAGUUUCAGGAGAGCCAGAUGUUUCUUUAAGUGAAAACACCUCUGAUGUUAGCAACAUGAGCUCUGCUUCUAGUGAUGUCAUUUCUGGAACGCCACAGCCUGUUAGCAGAAGACAGUCCUUCAUAACUUUGGAAAAAUUUGAUAGUUCAGACGUCAGACCCUUCAGUCCCUCCUCUUUUAGUAAUACCUCAGGACCAUCUGGAAGCAUUCCUUUGUCAGCCAAGCAGGAAAGCAUGGUGAGUUCAAAUGGCUCUUCCAAAGGAAAAUCAGCUGUUGAGAAUAAUGAUUCUGUGAAAGUCAAAAAGGAAGAAGGCCGCAUUCGGACUAAAAGGUCAUGCCUUGAAAUCAUAGAUGCACUAGAGAAUUAUGUCAAAGUCAAAAAAGCAAAAGAUGAAAAUACGUUGAAUUCAAAAUUGCUUUCUGAGAGCACAGUUGGAAUAAAGAGGUCAAGUCUUAGGCAAAAUAAAACGGAACUUUCAGAAGAGAAGAAAACAAAGCUAGCACAUCCUGAUGAAGAAAAAAUUAUUGCAGUAGCUGUAACCACACAGGUUGAGGAGAAACAUGAGUUACUUGGUGAGGCACAAGAAGCAGGAUAUUUGGUAGACAUUCAGUCUCAGGCUUCUAGUUUGACUGUGACUGGAGAUAUAAAGACAGAAAUUAAGCAAACUUUGGACAAUGUUGCAGAGACAAAAACAGGACUAAAUGUAGAUUCUAAAGAGAAUACCCCUCCAGUAAUAGACGUAUCAGGAGAAACAAUAUCUAAUGUUAGCCAAACCACACAAACUUCACCUAAUCAAAAACCAUUAAGACGUUCUUUAAGACGAAAGUCAGAAACCAUAGAAGGCUCUGUAGAUAGUCAAGAUAAGGAACACAGCCAGCAGAAAAAAGAUGGGCAUAAAGAUGAUGAAAAGCUUCUACUAAUGAAGGCUCCCCAGGUUAAGGAGACUGUUUCACACAAGCAAAAAUCUGUACCUGAAAAAACAAUAGAUACACAAAGAGGUAUACAUGAAAGUAAUGCUAUAGAAGGAAUAAUCACAGAUGAAUGCCACACCUCAAGAAAUAGCCAAGAGGAGGGUAGCAAAAGCACUAGGAAGUCUGAAGGCAAUAACAGUGCUUCUGACAUAAAUGACCUGCAAGACUCUGCACCAGAUGCUGCUGCUGAGAAAGCAAAAGAGCCUCCACGGUACCAUACCCGAAGAGCCUCACAAGGAUUGCUUACUAGUAUAGAGAAUUCAGAGUCGGAUAAUUCUGAAGUAAGAGAAGAAGGGACCAAGAGGAAAAAAUCAGGAAGACUGAAAAAUAAAAUCAGUUCCCUUGGAAACCAUGUAAAAGAAGAUCUGGAAAGCCAAGAUGUUCAUUCACAAGGUCCAGUAGAAAUCCAGAAAGUCUUAGUAGAAAAUAAAGAGAUGAUCCUAUCUGAGAGUCAUAUGAGCAUACCUCUGGUUUCAGAUAAUAGUGAAGAGGGAGACAAAAAUACCUUCCAAGGUAGGGACCAUUUGGAACACAAAGAAAAUAUGGACAUUCCACUGUAUAGAGAGACUUCCCAUCCAGAGAAAAUUUCUGACAAAAUGCUGACAGAGACAUCUUUAGAAAGUAAGCAGGGAACUAGAAUUCUUGAUACCGAUUCUGUUGCAUCCUGCAGCACAAGCAAUAUUACUGAUAUUUCUGGAGAUAAUGCCCAUGGAACAGUUGUUGCUUCUGGUUCAUCUGAGAAAACAGAGCCGUCUGAAUGCCUGCAUAAAAGAAGCAAGCGGACCAGAAGAUCAAAGAGCUGUGAUUGCUGUGAUGAAAAGUCAUCUGUACAGUUAGAACAGUCAACAGCUGAUGUUAAAAAAGUAGGUACUCCAGAAUCAAAGUUAAAAGAACAUAAAAAGGCACCUAGUAAAGCAGCAAUGGCUUCACCAUCUGUUCAAGCUGAAGAGUCUGAAUCUGCGGAAAGACUCACUGUGGUACCAUGUGCAACAAGUACCCCACUACUUUUCUCAAAGGACUUGGCUGACCUAAAAGAUUCAAGAAGAGAUAUUGAAUCUGAUGGGCAUUUACCAGAAGUUGAAGUUCCAAAAGAGGAACCAAAGAACUUGCCAUGUGUCAAAAGUGACAGGCCUGUUACAGACAGCCUGGGUUGUGUUGAUCUGGCUGAAGAAGCUUCUGGACCAAGUUCAGCAGACUCUCAUUCAAAAGAAUCUAUUACGCAGUGUCCAUCAGAAGUGGACACAGAUCCAGAUGCUGAAAAAAAGGUUGUCACUAAUCAGAGUGAUGAAUUAGAAGAAGCAGGGAUGGAUGUUGACCAACCUGAGGAAAAACCCUCUAGUGAAACAGUUAUCAAUGUUGUUCAGAAUGCUGUGGAAGAGGCUACAGUAGCUUGCAUAACGGUGCUACCAGAACCUCAAGAAACUGAAGUAGGCCAGGAAGAAAAUGCAGAAAGUGUAAUAGCAGACACAUCGGUGGGAUAUCAAACUUCAGAUUUGGUACAAAAGGACAGAAGUAACACAGAUUCUCCUCUCAGGUCUAAAGAACUUGAUGCUUUAUCUUUGGCCAAGAUGAGUGAAAGCCCUAAUGGCGUGCAAGCACGCUGUGUGUGGUCUCCAUCAGCCUCUCCCUCUACCAGUAUUUUGAAGAGAGGAGUAAAAAGACAACAAGAGGAGGAUUCUCCAUCACCUGCAAACAAGAAUCGACGUGUUUCUUUUGCCAAUCCAAUUUACCAAGAAGAAUUAGCAGAUGAUAUUGACCGGCGUAGUCCUGUGGUUAGAAUCCAUUCUUGUAAUGGUUCUCAAUCUUUCCAAAGUGUUAAACCUUCACCCAGCUCCCAAGCCAAGCCUAUUACCACUCCAGUCAAAGGAUCUCUGUCCCCAGGAUCUCGUAGCCAUAAAUAUAAGAGCUCAAAGAAGUGUUUAAUCGCUGAAAUGGUCAAGGAACCUUUACCAGCUCCUACAGAAAGCAUAUAUCCUGCAUUGGUGGGCUGUAAAGCACCAGUUGACACUAUUUUGCCACAGAUAACCUCAAAUAUUUGGGCCAGAGGAUUAGGACAGCUCAUUCGAGCAAAGAACAUCCGAACUGUGGGUGAUCUGAGUUCCCUGUCAGCAGCUGAAAUCAAAACACUUCCCAUUCGUUCUCCCAAAGUGUCGAAUGUUAGAAGGGCUCUUAAAGGAUACCAUGAGCAGCAGAUAAAAUCUCAUGGACUUGAGGAAACUGCUGAUCAGGAUGAUACAGAAAAGUCUGUCAAUGGCACUGAUGAGAAGGCUUUUUCCAUGAGUGAUGAUAAAGCUGUAGCAGGCGAGCCAGUUGCCUUGAGGGCAGAUGACCAGUCAACUGUAGACCUUUGGGCCCAGAUCAAUACACUUGCUGCUCAGAUGACAUCUGAAAAUCUUCUUAGAUAUUCAGGGAAUGAACUCUUUGAAAUGCAAGAGAAACUCCAUAGCAUGACAAAUUGUAUUAUGAAAAAUUUACAGAGUCGUUGGAAGUCUUCAUCCCAAGAGAGCACUGUUUAAUCAUUUUAUGUAAUUCUUUAAAAAAACAUCUUAUUUCUAAAAUCCUGUAUUUUUAUUUUGGGUGAAUUCAUGAGUCUGAUGUUUUCAACUGAUGCAUUUUAAAAAAAAAUAAGAAAGCAUGCAGGCAUUAACCUUUAAAAUUCUGUGCCCUAUCCAAAUUGACAAUUUUAUAAUUGCUGCUAUGCACAUUUCCCCAAAUUUUAAGAUGUGCAAAGUCUGUGAAACUUCAUGUUUAGUAGAUUAGUUAUAUUUUUAAAAAGCAGGCUUUGAUGCAGAGCUGCAUCAGACAUAGUGGGAAAACCUGGAUUUCACUGAUGAGAGUGAAGUUUGAAGUCAUUUCCCAAUUCCUGAUAUUUUUGAAAGUGCUGUUUUUUUCAUAUUAGGGUGUACAGUAGGUUUUUCACGUGAAAUUGUACAGUGCUUAAUUAAUACUUAACCAGUAUCUCCAAAUAAUUAUUCAGCUUUAUACACAGCCUAUUUUUGCAUGCAUCUGUUAUGCAAAAGAAAACAUGUCAGUACACAAUUCCAGUGGGUUUUCUCAGGAUCAAAUCACAAGUCCUUAGAAUUUUAUACGCAACAGAGCUAUGCUUUCUCCCUCCUCCAGGAUAAAGUAGAUUGGGCAGAAAUAACUUUGUAUAUUAUGUAUAGUUUUACCAGUUACAGAUGUUAUAAAUUAUGGUCUCUGCAUGCAAUAAACUGUGAUAUCUUUGGAUGGGAGAAAUUUUCACUGAAUAAAGCAUACUAUGUUUGCCAGUUUGGACAGAGAUAUGUGAGACACUUGGUUAGGAAACAAAUAUAUAUAAAUAAA